AUGGACCUCCAGAACGAAACAACACCGCUUCUCGCAAAUCCUCAUCAACACUACAUCGAAGACGAGUCUACCGAGUCUCAAGCCGGGGUAUCAGAACCAUCAUCACAAUGGCGCCUCCUCCCAGACUGGUCACCGACCCAAUGGCGCGUCAUGAUCGCAGGCGCACUGCUCUUGCUAUCAGUCAACUUCGGAAAUUUUAUAGCCCAACCACCGCAACUCCAGAUCAUUGAGGAUAUUAUUUGCCGGAAUUACGUACAGUCAAUCAACGCGACGUCGUCUACGUUAUCUGGUGGCAUGGUAGCUGAAGUUGAUAAUAUUUGCAAAUCGCCGGCGGUGCAGAAGGAGCUUGCGCUCGUAACGGGGUGGAAGAAUACAUUUGAUAUUUUGCCAUCUGUUGCACUGGCCUUGCCUUUUGGUAUUUUGGCAGAUAAGAUUGGGCGAAGACCCGUUGCCAUUAUGGCGCUUGUUUCGUUGAUGUGCAGUGAGAUAUGGUGUCGGGUUGUCUGCUGGUUCAAUCUACCCGUUCGCUUGCUUUGGCUCGGCGGAGUCUUCCAACUGCCAGGCGGCGGCAAUCUUGUUGCUGUGACUAUGCUCAUGACCAUAGUAGCAGAUGUCUUUUCUGCGGAAGAAAGAGGCACAGCAAUCUUCCGUCUAACCGCAAUGUCAUUCGUGGCCGAAAUCGUCGGAAUACCGUUGGGCGCAACGAUGUUAAAAUCCAACCCAUGGACCCCAUUCAUGUUGGGAAUGCUCAUCAUGAUUAUUGGUUCAAUUUUUGUCCUUUUCAUGCCGGAGACACUUAAUCAGGUUAACGCCACGGACGGUAUACAAGAGAACUCAGAAGACUCUGAUGAUAUCUCUCAGCUAUCGCCAGCAAAAAGUGGGACAGUCGCACAGAUUGUCGCUGCGAAAGCGCAAGAAUUUAUCUCGUCUUCUAGGUUCUUGUGGACUUCACCACGUGUGCUGAUUUCCAUUAUUGCCGUGUUUGCUGGUAGUCUGGACGAGAGUUCGGUGUAUCUGCUCAUCCAGUACGUAUCAGCAAAGUUCCAUUGGACUAUCGGUGAGGCAAGCUACCUCCUCUCAGUACGAGGCUGCAUGACCCUCGUAACCCUACUCAUUGUCCUUCCCAUUGGAUCCUCCUUCCUGACCCGAUUCCUCCAUUACGACUCCAUCACAAAGGACCUAAGCAUCGCCCGCUUCGCCGCCAUAUCAGGUGUCCUUGGCUACCUCCUGAUCUCCAUUGCAUCCACAACUUUCUCAUUACUCGCGGGAAUAUUAUUCAUCUCAUUCGCCGUGCCCUUUGCAUGGUCAGUCGUCAGUGUGGCUACAUCAUUUGUGCCAUCGCAAAACCAGGUGGCGACGCUGUACUCUGCAAUGACAGUAUCCAAGUCUGUGGGAGGUGUUAUUGCGGGCCCGGUAUUUGCGAGCUUGUAUGGGGUGGGAAUGCAGUUGGGCUUGGAGUGGUCGGGCUUGCCGUUUGCGGUGGGCUCGUUGAUUUUCUUUUUGGCGCUUAUCCCGGUUGUUUGUAUUAGAGCGCAUGCGCGCGUUCCUGAGGGGUCUUGA